GAGGUGCGCAUGCGUACAGCGGGUACUAGGUAAACGAAGACUUCCAUUCGCACUUAGCAUAACAGUGUUGAUAGGAGCUUACAGAAUGGGUGGCGAGGGCAAAGAGCGCGCAAAAUGGGGCAGUCACUUGGAGUUCAUCUUGACCUUGGUCGGGUUUGCUGUGGGAUUGGGUAAUGUGUGGAGGUUUCCGUACCUGUGUUUCAGGAAUGGAGGAGGCGCCUUCCUCAUUCCGUACGUGAUUUGUCUCGUCUUGAUGGGCAUCCCGCUCUUCUACCUCGAGUUGAGCUUCGGUCAGUUUGCCAGUCUUGGACCGGUCAAGGUAUGGUCGGUCAACCCCGCACUAAAAGGUCUUGGAUACUCGAUGGUCAUCGUGUCUUCUUUGAUCUCCUUCUACUAUAACGUCAUCAUUGCCGUCUGCUUGUUCUUCCUGUUCGCGAGCAUGCGCAGUAAACUCCCUUGGACGUCAUGUGACCCGGAAUGGUCGACUUGUGACUGCAGGGAUGACACCAUGAACAAAAGUGACUCGAAUCCUUGGAACUACACACGGGACGAUUGCUUGAAUUACACAUUCAAUAGAAAUCAAACGACGACACCAAGUGAAGAGUACUUCUACAAGCGUGUGUUGAAGCUGACGGGCAGUCUCGGCGAGACUGGUGGCAUUAGUUGGGAGCUUACCCUCUGUCUCCUGGCCGCCUGGACCAUUGUUUUCCUUGUCCUGACGAAAGGCAUCAAAUCACUUGGAAAGGUGGUGUAUGUGACAGCCAUCUUCCCCUACAUAUUGCUGACGAUCUUGUUGAUUCGUGGGCUGACAUUAGAGGGGUCGGGAAACGGUGUUCAUUUCUACCUGACACCGAAUAUAUCCAUGCUGGCAGAGGCACAGGUAUGGUCUGACGCCGCUGUACAGAUCUUCUACUCCCUCAGCGCCUGCUCUGGAGGACUGAUAGCCAUGGCCAGUUACAACAACUUUAACAAUAAUGUUCUCAGAGAUACAUUCCUGGUUCCUAUUAUAAACUGUGGCACGAGUUUCUACGCGGGUUUCGUUAUCUUUGCUUCUCUCGGGUUCAUGGCGGAACAGAAGGGAGUCAGUGUUGGAGAUGUCGCCGCCGGAGGUCCUGGCCUUGCGUUCAUAGCGUACCCGGAAGCAAUCGCCCAGAUGCCUGUUGCCCCAGUGUGGGCCAUCCUCUUCUUCCUUAUGAUGCUCAUGUUGGGCUUCAGCUCACAGUUCUCUAUUGUCGAGACCGUGUUGACGGGUUUGAUUGACGAAUUCCCCUCCAUCGCUCACAACAAAGUGUACACCAUCCUGUUUCGGGCGGGCUUCUGUGCCUUUGGGUUUUUCAUGGGUCUACCAAUGGUCACGGGGGCGGGCUUCCAUUUGCUGGAUCUGGUUGACAACGCUACUGGUGGAUUCCCGCUGCUGUUCGUGGGAUUCUUUGAAAUUGUUGCUGUGAUCUACAUUUACGGAUUCACGAAAUUCAGGAAGGACAUAUUGAUGAUGCUUGGAACUACAAACACACUGAAGAUGUUCGCCAACGGGGCUUUCUACUAUUUUGCCCCUAUGUGGUGCUUCUUUACCCCCCUGUGUUUGUUGGCUGUGAUCGUGUUCAAGUGUAUCCAGUACCAGCCGAAACACGAGACAGAUGGUGAUAUAUAUGAACCCUGGGCGGACGCCAUCUGGUGGCUCAUUGUUAUAGGGGCGAUCAUCAUGAUACCGCUGUGGUUCUGUAUUUUCUUCUGUUGGAAGGGAGGUUGCAGUGCCCUGGUCGAUUCAAACAGUCCGAAAGACAAGUGGGGACCAGCCCUUGAGGAGAAUAGGAAGGGGAGAUAUGCAGUGGAUUUAUCUGAUGUAUACAACAAGGAUUUAUCCUUUGAUGCGCC